CACGUAUUAUCAGACCGGAGGACAAGUGACUCCUGCAGACUGUCUGUACGAGUUGCAAAUCUGCAGAGCGGCGUGCAUCUAAUUCAAUAAAGGAAAACAGGUUAGCGGCUGCUCUGCGUGCACUGCUCGCGAUCAUUAAAGGUGAUUUUGAGUGCAGUUUGGUGUGUGCUGAUUUGCUGCAGGCCUGCACACAAGUUAACUUGGAGGACGGCUGUGAGCGCAGGUUGAACUCUGACACACUUUUAGCGUCCAGGUUGUUGCAGCCAGUAACUAGAGGCUCCUCUGAAGAUGUCCUCCAGGAAAGUGGUCGAGCUCUUCUAUGAUGUGGUGUCUCCAUACUCCUGGCUUGGCUUUGAGAUCAUGUGCCGGUACAGAAACGUGUGGAAUAUCGACCUCAGACUACGUCCUGCAUUUUUGGGUGGCAUCAUGCAAGGGUCUGGCAAUAAGCCCCCUGGAUUGGUUCCAAACAAAUUCCUGUACAUGACCAAAGAUCUGAACCGCCUGGCUCAGUAUUUUGAUGUUCCCCUGCAGGCCCCAUCAGACCCCUUUGAGGCCAUGUUCCAAAAAGGCUCCCUGUCUGCGAUGCGAUUUGUGGCCGCGGUGCAAGAGAGAGAGAAGGAUGGAGACAAGCAGGUGGAGCAGUUGUCUCGAGAGCUGUGGCGAAGAAUCUGGAGUCAAGACAAAGACAUCACUGAGUCUGCAUCACUGUCCGAGGCAGCGGUGAAAGCAGGACUACCUGCCAGCGAGAUUGAAGAACUGCUGAAGCUGUCCACCUCAAAGCAAAUCAAAGACAAGCUGAAAAGUACAACACAGGAAGCUCUUGAUCACGGGGCAUUCGGCUUCCCCCUAGUUGUCUGUCAUGUAAAUGGAAAAGCAGAGAUGUUUUUUGGCUCAGAUAGAUUUGAGCUCAUGGCCCACUGUAUUGGGGAGAAUUGGAUGGGACCUCAGCCCGGUAAAUCAAGUGCCAAACUAUGAACUGAAACUUGCCUUGAAUCACCGUUGGUGUGCCAACAAAUCCUGGGAGUUUUAAAUCAUUACUGAUGUGUUGUAAUUAGUUUUUUUCCCCCAAAUACAUUAACACUAAACAUAUUUGUUUGUGCUAGGCAUCUUGAAUGUAUGUUCAUGCUUAAAAAUUUUCAUUUGAAUCUCAUGAACGUAAAUAAUAAAUAGUGCACACAUA